GACAGCACGGCAGCGGCCGCUCAGUGUCGCGGGAGCCGGACCGCGCAGGCCCGUCCCGGCGCCCGGGGGGCGCCAUGUGGUUCAUGUACGUGCUGAGCUGGCUGUCGCUGUUCAUCCAAGUGGCAUUCAUCACUCUGGCCGUCGCGGCCGGACUCUACUACCUGGCGGAGCUGAUAGAAGAGUACACGGUGGCCACCAGCAGAAUCAUCAAAUAUAUGAUCUGGUUCUCCACAGCGGUCCUGAUCGGCCUCUACGUCUUUGAGCACUUCCCCACCGGCAUGAUUGGCAUGGGCCUUUUCACCAACCUCGUCUACUUUGGCCUCCUCCAGACCUUCCCUUUCAUCAUGCUGACAUCACCUAACUUCAUCCUGUCAUGCGGGCUAGUGGUGGUGAACCAUUACCUGGCAUUUCAGUUUUUUGCGGAAGAAUAUUAUCCUUUCUCUGAGGUGCUGGCCUACUUCACAUUCUGCCUGUGGAUAAUCCCGUUUGCUUUCUUCGUGUCGCUUUCGGCUGGGGACAACGUCCUGCCCUCCACCAUGCAGCCAGGAGAUGAUGUGGUCUCCAAUUACUUCACCAAAGGCAAGCGAGGCAAACGCUUAGGCCUCCUGGUUGUCUUCUCCUUCAUCAAAGAGGCCAUCCUACCCAGUCGGCAGAAGAUAUACUGACGCUCUGGGGAGGGCAUGCGGGGCAAGACCAGUAGAGCCAGGCCUCUGGGCUGGUAGUGCCCGGGAGCCUGGAGGUUGUCUUCUGCCAGCCCAGGUUUCCCUCCCCCUCUGUUCGGAAGCCCCAUCCCCAGGGAACCCUCCUCAGGGGGCUUGAAUGCUGCCAGGGGCGCCAGAGCGGGUAGCGGAGCCUGCUUUGCCAGGAGGCUAUGUCCCCAGCCCUCCCCUUCCCAGAGUCGGGUCUGGCUCAGAUGGGGCAGGCAGGGAAGGGUCUAUGGAGCUGAGGAACGGACAGCAAGUUCUCAGGCAGGUGACCAUAGGGAAGAGCUGAGGGCUGGCACUUCCAGGAAAAGUGCAUUUUGCUGAAUUGUGGGUCUUGUCCAAUGCUGAUUCCCCUUUGAAUAAAGAUUCUAGAUGGCACUGUUUGCCUUAACACCCCAGGAGUUCAUCUUCCUCUGCCUGCUGACCUUCUGCCUAGAUUGGGCUAGCCUUCUACUCCAGGGACUCUGCUUCUGCCUCUUGCCCUUCUGAAGAAAUUCUUGUGGCCAUAAGUGGGAAGGGACUAGAGAUGAGGAUGAGUGGAUAGAGGCAGUUUUUCUGAGACUCCUUCCUCUUUCCAUGGCUUCCUUUCCCAGACUGUGACAGUCCGGAUGGGAGGGAGCAGAAACGGUUUGUGGCAGGUUAGAGAUGCAGAAGACCGUCUACAGUUUCCUAUUUAUGUCUUCCUUUGAGGAAAAGGAGAGCUUUCUUGGUGAAUUCUAUCUCAGGCUCAAUGAGAAAAAAAAUAAAAAAUUGGCUUCAAGGCAGCCUAGGCUGUGGCCUGUUUCUUGAGAAAUGGAUCGGGAGAGGCUGCUGUGCAGAGCACACGGGCCUCACACUCCUGUGCUUCUGGCUUCUGGAGGGAUGUGAGCUCUGCCUUCUAAGAAGGUGGGCCCCAUCCUGGGCACAGACCAGCAUCUGUUGACCUUGCGCUCCAACUACAGUGCCUUGCAAGGGCUCAGCUUCAUGGAAUGAAGGCCCCACGAGAGUUGCCAUUGGCUAAAUCCCAUACCUCACAGCGAGUCUGGUAGGUGCCCAGGUGGACAGGUUCGUGAACAUCUGCCUCGUGCAUGCAUCCUUCAUCUCCUUGGUUCUGCAUUUCUGUUGAGUCUCACCCUGAAUUUUGUGCUGCGGCCACUGGUGAGAUCGCCAGACCUAUUUCUGCCACUUGGGUGGGUGAAGGUACAGGACCCAAGGCUGCUGCUCCUCAGCGGCCUGAGACGGGCCCCAGUUGACCUCGCCAUCCACUUUGUCUUCGUUCAUCCUACCUGCUGGCUAGGGCUUUCCCAGGCCAGCCCUGGUGGAACCAUCACGUGUUACCCACUGGAUCCUGGGGUAGCUGCCACAGCUGAUGGUCUACCUCUCGACUCACACUUCCCUGGCACUUCUGUGGCUGUCUGUCCCUUUACCUCGCUGUCAUUUCGGUCUCUGUAUAGGCUUCUCAUUGCCCUGUACACAGAGUUGCUUUUUUGGCUGUGUUGUGAAUUGGUCGAGGAAGCCCAGCCAUGCUGGUGCCUUUAAGGACACCUUCAGCCCUAAUUCCUCUAUAACUUCUCAGCCACAGUUCUGCUGCCUUCUGGGCACAGAAACCAUUCGACCUCAAAAUCUGCUCUGUUCACCUGCUUUUCUAGUACCUGCCCUGGUCCCAGGAUGGCUCAGGAGCCAGGCAGGAUCUUGCUUUCUCUUUCUGCCCUACAUCCAGUCUAUUCUUAGCGUCUCUGACUUGGAGCUGCUCCUGCUGUCGUCUUUCACCUAGUUUGUGUGGACAGCCUCCUGUGUUCCUCUAGCCUGUGGCCAGCUGGAGUAGUUUUUCUGAAAUGCACAGUUGGCCAGUCUUUCCUGGCCUCAAGGCUUUUCCCCAGCUCUCCACUGCCCUCAGGAUAAAGUCCAGACUCCUUAGCAUGGUGAGGCUCCUGGUGUCUUGGUCCCUACUGGCCUCAUCACUUGAUUUGUACUCUGGGCCUCAGCCUCCUAUCUGCAGAGACCAUGGCUCUCUUGCCGCUCUGGUACCCUUCCUGCUACUCACUUUGGUAGUUGGCCACUUUUCCACUUAGAUUUUAUUUCCUCCAAGGGGCCAUGAAUGUCCCCUCUCCUCUCCUAAUCCCAGCCGCCACACAGAUCGCUCUAGGCUCACUGGCCUGUGGUAUGGUCUGUUUCCUCGCUAGACUGGAAGCUCCUUGAGGGCAGGGAAGCCUUUGGAGUUUUGUGUUAUCAGCUACCUGAUUUUGACACCUGGCCCAUGGAAAG